GGUCUUGCACUGUUUGGUGAAACAAACCAAUCGGAAUUGAUAACGAUCUAGUGCUACUUCUUUCCAUUUUUUCCCCUGUUUCAUAUAGUUUUCACCUUUCAACAGAACUAGAUAGGUACUUGUAAAGUUUUUACAAGUUCUGUAAAGAUUUAUGUAAACGAUUUUUAUAAAAAUUAAAUGCCCUUGAAACAAUCAAUGCAGUAAUUGUUUUAUAAUUAGCGAAAUGAUACUGUUUUGUUUGUGUAUGAGUGUGUAUUGGUCCACCCCACUUUCGCUAUCAUUCGAAUGUUUUAUGUUCCACCUGUACGGCAUACUCGAGUAUUAUUGUAUAAUUCAUAACAUAAAUUCGCAACGGUUGAUUAUUGUAAUAGUUAUCCACGGUAAUAAACUAAUCGCAAUAAGAAUGUACCAGAAGCCUAUAUAUCUACAUAUUAUUUUGUAUUUACAUGUGUUGCGUAUUUUAAAUGUAGUAUCAUUUUCCCCACCCGUUGGCUCUAUUUCCAUCUCGACGUGCCUUUCUUAUUUUAUCUUUUCGAGCUGUAUCGCGAUCGCGUUUUUUGUCACAUGUUGGUGCCGAGAAUGAAGCCGAGUUUGAACGUUUUAUAGAAAAUAAUAAAUACCAACAACCACACACCAACUACAUAACUAAUGUUGUUGUGCGAACUGAAUGAUUUUUAAUAAACAGAGAAAUGUUCGGUGUUGUUGUUUGAGUGUAGCUUUCGGUUUUAGUUUUUUUGUUUUUCGUGUCGUGUUGUUUCCCAUUGUGCCAAAUGUAGACAAAUUUUUGGGUAAAACUGUCGGUCGUUAUCAAAUCCAUGUAAUAAAUGUUGUCUCUUUGUUCUUUUACGUCCAUCAACACACGAUAUAAGGUAAUUUUUAUCAGGUGACGACAUGACCAGCGAUGAAAAAUUAUCAGAAGAAGUAGUCUCCGUUAACCGAGAUGUUUCGUCCUUAGAAGCGAUUAAGGAUACGUGCCAGAAAUCCGCAACCUGUAAUGUAGCCGAAAUAGUAAACGAAGAAGGUAUCGAAGAAAAACCUGAUCAAGAUUUUUCUAAACUAUCCGAGUCGGAGCAAAUAGCUAAUGACAUUUUGCAAUCAAUAAUAGCUUCGACGUUCUGGUCACUCGAAACACAUUCUUCUACCGACAAUUUCAGUUUCGAAGAAAAGUGUUCUUAUAUCGAUGACAGUGGAAUUGAUAUGACCGAUAACUAUCCGAUACCCACGGAGUGCCGAGAGCCGAAAAAUUUCUGUGCGGAGGAAAAAAGUGAGAGUGCGUUGAAAAAAAUGAUGCCGUAUACUGUAUUUACCGAUAACAAUAUCAACAAUAUGUACGGUGAAGUUAAAUUUCGUAGGAGAAGUAAUUCAUGUCAAGAAAGAACGAGCGACGACUUUAAAAAUGUUAAUAGAAAAACCAGUAUCGUUGGGGAUGAUUUUGAACAAUUUUCAAAUCGAAAAUCUACGUCUUCUGAUUCUAUCGGGAAUAGUAACAGAGGGUCUUUAUAUUCGGUGGAAGAAUACGACGAAGAAGAAAACGAGGAAUAUAUUAUUAAUAAUAAUAAUAAUCGUCACCGAGACCCGAACAAGAUCAGUCCGAUUUCAGCGGUGAACACCGUACUUGUCAAUAACAGCACCGCAACAGUCGAGAAAGAAAAGCAAAAAGAAAACAAAGCUAGAAAGAAAUCGAUAUUCUCCAACAUAUUUAGCAACAAGAAAAGCAACAAAGUUUCAAAGAAGAGCACCACUCUCGAUUCUCCCUUUUCGUCAUAUCAGUCGGAGAAGCCGUUCAAAAUCUCAUUGAUAAACGCCAAAAAGUACCGCUCGGCAGUGGACAUUCGGGAACCACAACAAUCAUUAACUAAAAGGAUUUCGAAGCUCCUGUACAAAGACGGGUCCAAUCUUAUUAGGAGAUCGUUCAGUUUUAGAGAUCUUCAGCGAAAGAAAGAGAAGGAUAUUACUCGAGAAAAAUUGGCCGAAAUGAAAAAUAUGGAAUGGGCGGCUUCGUUGCAGUCCCUCGUCGAGAGCGACAUCGGAAUUAGUUACGACGAUUUGAGUUUUGUGAAUUACGACGUUCAAAAUAGUUUAUUGGCCGAAAAAAUCGAACCAUUACGUCCUCACAGAGCUAUAUUACGAACCCAGAGCAUGUACGAAAACGGGUAUGAAAAAAGUCGAAAUUGUAAUGAAACAAGGGACUCGUCCUCAUCCGUCCCUCAGCAUUCCCAAUCAGCAGUAGGUAAGAAAUUUAAUUGGUGUCGUAUGUAGGUAUACAAACAUAUU